AAGCCCAAAAAGAACAAGUACAUCCAAUGGGCUCACUCAGUAGAACUUUGAGAUGAGAUGGAAUAACUCAUUUUUGGUUUGAAGCUUCACACAACAAGUUUCAAACAAUGGUAUCUCAAGCUCUAUCAGUUCCUGCAAUUCCUACUUUCACUAUCGCCUCUCACCGCAGAAUCCCUUCCCAACUCGCGUUUUCUCACAGAAACUCCUGCACGAUAUCUUCUUCCUUGCCAAGCCCCUAUGGCCACUCAUCUAAAAUGGGGUUAUCAAGUAAAACCAGUGAUUUUCGUUUAAAACUCGAUGAGAAAACUACACAUGAUGUUAGUACUACAAGUUAUGGUGCAAUUGAAGCCAGUGGGAACCCGCCAGUAUCACCAGCCAUCAUGACUCCGGGAGGAGCUCUUGAUCUCUCAUCUGUUUUGUUCAGGAAUCGUAUAAUAUUCGUAGGACAGCCAAUUAAUGGACAAGUGGCUCAGAGAGUUAUUUCGCAGCUUUUGACUCUGGCUACUAUUGAUGAAGAAUCAGAUAUACUGAUGUAUAUCAAUUGCCCUGGUGGAAGCACUUAUUCAGUGCUUGCAAUUUAUGAUUGCAUGUCUUGGAUAAAGCCAAAGGUUGGUACAGUAGUUUUCGGAGUAGCUGCAAGCCAAGGAACACUUCUCCUUGCAGGUGGGGAGAAGGGAAUGCGCUAUGCAAUGCCAAAUGCACGCAUUGUGAUGAAUCAACCACGGUGUGGAUUUGGGGGUCAUGUUGAGGAUGUGCAACGUCUAGUGAAUGAAGCUGUUCAAUCCCGCUAUAAAAUGGAGAAGAUGUUUAGUGCAUUCACCGGACAGCCAUUGGAGAAGGUGCAAGAGUUCACAGAUAGGGACAACUUUCUAUCUGUUUCUGAGGCUUUGGACUUUGGUCUUAUUGAUGGUGUCUUGGAAACACGGUAUUGACAAGAUCAUGUGUUGUAUAUUUGUAUUUCUAAAAAGUUGAAAAAAUUAAUUCUUGUCCAUCUGAUAUUGUAGAAUUUCAUUAGUUCUAUAAGCAGAUCUGGAUUACACGUAGUAACUGCAUGUUCGAUUUGUAACUGAAGUCUGCAAUCGUUUAUACUUUAUAGUUCAUUUUAUUAGUGUGUAA